UCGGAUAUUCCAAGGCGCCAAUCCACCAACCGUUGCCAUCAUCGCCACGCUGUAAUUUUGUCUUCAAUCUUUCUGCAAUUCGCCCAAACUUUCCGAUCACUCACCACACCCUAAUUCUCUUAUCACCAGUUGAAUCAUGUCAAUAACAUUUCAAAACCUCCUUACCCGUUAUUCACACACUCACCUCUCCUUCAAAUUGAAACCCCCCAAUCUUAAGACCCCUAAUUUUGAUGUCACAAUCUACCCGCAUUACCAAACCCUAAACACCCGAGUGCUAAUCCCCUUCAAAUCCCAUUCCCUUCAUACACGCCAUCAUUCUUCAAUAAGAGCUUUGGAAUCAGAUGGAGUUGUUGACAAACAAUACAUUGUUGCCAUGGAUACAUUCGAUAUCGAUGCUUUUCUUUCUAUUGCCGAAUUCUUUUGUCUUGCUUCUUCUGCUGUUCUUUCGGUUGGGUUUGUUAUAAAUUCAACUUUUUCGACUUCACAGAAGCCUGUUUUGGAGUGGUUUGGGAACCGGGUUUCAGUCUGGCAAUCUUUGUUGUUGGUGGUGGGGAUUGUGAUUGGUGCUGCUAUUAGGAGGCGACAAUGGAGGAGGAUUUGUGUAGGGUUUAGUAAGCCGGGAUCUUCUAGGGUUAAUUUGGUUGAGCGGAUAGAAAAAGUGGAAGAGGAUCUUCGGAAUUCGGCUACGAUUAUUAGGGUGUUGUCAAGACAGCUUGAGAAACUGGGAAUUCGGUUUAGGGUCACGAGGAAGUCUAUGAAAGAGCCCAUUGCUCAGGCUGCAGAAUUGGCUCAGAAGAAUUCCGAGGCCACCCGGGCACUGGCAGUGCAAGAAGACAUUCUGGAGAAAGAGCUUGUUGAAAUUCAGAAGGUUCUGUUGGCAAUGCAGGAUCAACAACAAAAGCAACUCGAACUCAUCCUUGCUAUAGCCAAAACUGGAAAACUAUGGGACAACAAACCGGCACCCAAUCAAGAUCAGAAGAAAACCGAAAUCAGUAACUUGACUGGAGGAGGUAGUAAAUCAGAUGGAAACCGAUAAAAACUCCAAAACCUUUUCUUGCAGAAACUAAGCCAACAGUGAUGACCUUCCAAUUUGAAGCCAUGGAUUCUGAAUAAUUAUGCUUCUGUUGCUUAAAGAUGAAAUGGGGUGCUUGAUUUUGUAUGUUUUGAGGCAGUUUCUAAUGUGAACUCCAAAUUCUGACUGAUUGUUGAGGAGUUGACCAAGAAUCAUGCCUUGGCUUUAAGGAAGACUUGAACUGCCCAGAACAGGAGAAAGUUAGUGAAGGAAAUGACUGUUUUACCCUUUCCCCGUAUGUUAAAGAGGUACGUGUUUUUUCGUAGUUUGUAAUUUGCAGCACGCAUCGUAUGCUAUUGUUGUAGAGGACCUCUAUUCCUCCAACACAAAAUAUCAACCGAAUGUAAACACUUCAUCGACUGUAUAACAAGUAGAUUUCAUGUUUUCAAAAUGGC